AGUUAGGACUUUUUUAGUUAUUAAUUGAACUCAUUUAAGUAGUCAUGUGUUGGAGAAAAGUGAUUCUUGUUGCUGUUUUGUCUUCAAUAUUAGAUGUCAACAGCGAAGAGCUUUUCGGAAAUGAUGAACACAAUAAACAGUUACUGGAUCAUCUGACUGAGUCAGAAAGGCUGUUUCUAAUUGGUGCUAAUUCUGACAAUGCACAAUUUGAGAUAUUGCAUUUACGACAAAAAAAGCGGCACAAGCGGUCACUACAUCACGAUAAUCCAGAUCUGAACUCGCUCAAGAGACAUUUAGAUUUAAAACUAAGUCCUAGAAAUACUUUCCUAGAUCCACAGUUCCUACUCAUGAGACGAUGGACGAAUGGUACUGAAGCUGUUUUGGACCAACAUAAUGAUGAUGAAUUAGAUUUAUGUUAUUAUAGAAGUAACACUGCAGCUUUAUAUGCUUGUGGUGAUUUUAGAGGCUUAUUCAAAGUAAAUGGGAGUUAUUAUUAUAUACAUCCAUUGCCUGAAAGGUUUCAUAGUGAAGAAACAAAACCACACGUCAUCGUCAAAAGACAUCUUAACGAUGAAACUGUGAACAACGAUAUUAUCAAUAUAAAUACAUGUAUAGAAAGAAAUAGUAUUAAUAAAACUGAUACAGAUAUAUCUGUAAAAACAUGGACAAAGCAUAGAAGAAAAAGAGAAGUAGACAAUAAUAAAAAUGUAACACUUGAACAAUUCAAAUUUAAUUUAGCUAAGAGAAAUAAAACUAUAAAUGAAUUUAUAGAAAAGUUACAACCAGAUUCUAAUAGACAAAAGAGAGCGAUUACACCGCCAAUAUUUGUCGAAACGGCUGUGUUUGUGGAUAGAGAUUUGUACAAACAUAUGACAGUAAAUUUUCCUAAAGAUACUGAAAGGGAAGUAGUGAGAUUCGUUUUAGCGAUGAUAAAUGCUGUACAAUUAAUUUAUCAUGACCCAUCAUUGGGUAGAACAGUCAAUUUUAUCCUCAAAAGAUUAGAAAUCUUACAUGAAGAUCCGGUGAAUUUGAAAAGACCACAUGAUAUUGAUAGGUUUUUAAGUAAUUUCUGUACGUGGCAGAGAUUGGAGAAUCCACCAGGUGAUAAUGACCCGUUGCAUUGGGAUCAUGCUUUAAUUUUAACUGGUUUGGAUUUGUACGUGGUCAACAAGAAUGGUAAAGUCAGCAGUCAAGUUGUAGGAUUAGCCCCGGUCGCCGGUAUGUGUACAGUCACGAGCAGUUGCACAGUAAAUGAAGGCAGACACUUCGAAAGUGUUUACGUUGUGGCUCACGAAAUAGGACACAAUUUAGGAAUGCGUCACGACGGGCCUCUAGCGGACAAUGGCUGCGAUCCCAGUGCUUAUAUUAUGAGCCCGACUCUCGGUAGUGGCAAAAUCACCUGGUCCCAAUGCAGUAGAAAUUAUCUGCAGAAGUUUCUAGAUACAGUACAAUCUCGUUGUCUCCUUGACCACGGGAACUCCGCGGGCCAACUGGAUCACAGCGCUGAGGGGAUUCUACCCGGAGAGAGAUUCGACUCAGAUCAACAAUGUAUGCUCAAGUACGGCAGCGGCAGUCGUCACUCCCCAGCUCAAAACCUGGAGGACGUCUGCCGGGACCUGCAUUGCCAACGCGAGCGGUACACCUGGACCUCGCAUCCAGCGUUAGAGGGCACCAAGUGUGGAGAUGAUAUGUACUGUCGUGGUGGUGCGUGUGUGGAGCGCGAGGGCGCGGUGCGUGAGGGACGCGGUGCGUGGGGUCGCUGGUCGCACUGGUCGGAGUGCGCCUCCGCCUGUCUGCUGGACGACAAGCACGCUCCCGCUGCUGCCGGAGUCGCUGUUGCCACACGAAGGUGUAACCGACCUAGGCACGAAAACGGAAACAACUACUGUACGGGUCACGAUAAGAAGUAUCAAUCCUGUCAUGCACAACAAUGCAACAAAGUACCGCGGAUGACGGUGCGUGAGUUUGCUGAUCAGAUCUGCCUGCGCGCGCGAGAUGUUGACCCUGACCUCAUCGGCACCGGGCUGCAGAGGAUAGAUUCAGAAGACGUGAGCAGCGCAUGCGCAGUGUGGUGCGACACCCGCGGGGGGGGCUACAAGUCGCGCGGCUGGAGUCUGCCUGAUGGCACAGCUUGUUCUCGCGCACAGCCCAUGUUCUGCAUCUCCGGACUCUGUCAGAAAUUCACAUGCGAUUCGAGCAGCGACAACGAGUUCUCAUUAAAACCAGGCGACUGUGAGUGGGAAGCUCUGCAGCUACAAACUGCCACUCCGCAUACAACCUCAACGAAGACAUCAGGUACAUGGCGGCGCGCAGUGGGGUCCCAGUGGCGCGCUGCCAGCGGCUGUCACUACCACUGUGUGUCUCCUGGCAGCGGCGUCAGGCUCGUCAGCUCGGCGCGACACACCACCAUACAGCUGUGCAGACCUGAUGCUGCAAGACCAGAACUAGGUUGUUUGCAACGAAAGUCACCUUACCAGUACGCGACCAUGGUGUGUUCUAAAUACAAAGAGAGAGUGAGAAGGCUGUCUGGGUUGGGAAUGCAGAUAUCACCUGUAUUAGAGGAUCCGGAUCGUCCAUGCCGCGUGGCGUGUCAGGACGAGCGCGUGGCACACAGGUUCUAUCUAGUAAACGGACAGGAAGGCUGGUUCCCGCUCGGUACCUCCUGCGGGAAACGCAACUCAUCAUAUUGCGUCAGCGGGAAAUGUUUGGAGUUUGGAGCUGAUGACACACCACUAUCGGAGUCCGUGUUCACUUUACCAUUGCUGCCACGAGGAAGAACUUCCCGCCAUCGCCGCGCGCUGCACCGCAACAGACUUACUGUCAAAGCUACCCUCGAUCAAUUGCAUCUACAAGAUAUUAUAGCCAACUUGAACUUUACAGGUAAAACUGAUCAACAUAUAGUUUACUAUGACACUAUACCUGACAAUAUAGAGUUGGACUUCAACAAUCCAAUACAUAUAUCACCUGAAGAAACACUCAUUAGGAAAAUACCACAUCCUACGUGGGAAUGAUCCAAAACUAUAACGACUUGUAAAACUGAUAUAGGCAGAGAUGAAAAAUAUAAUCAUUCAACACUUUCAAUACUACGAUUAUCAAAGUACUAAGUGCUGUAAGUUGUUAGCACUUAAUGUGUUAAUAAACUAGUUAUUUGUUUUUCAAAAGAUAAAGAAAUGUUAUUCUUUUAAGCCUGAUGAUGAAUUUCCUUCACAUAUAAGGAAACUUGGUGCUGACUGCAAACAUUGUGAUCAUUAUUAGUACCUAUUUAUUUUAUAAUUAUA